AAAGCUUUUUAUACACAUAAUGCAUAAUGAGCAUAACAAAUUGAAACACUUGGCACCGUUGUAAUAAUAAUAAUCGUCCUGUCAUUUCGUCCAUUUUCUGAGUGAAAACAUGGCCCCAAGAAAAGGUAAAGUUCAAAAAGAAGAGGUACAAGUAUCUCUGGGUCCUCAAGUCAGAGAGGGUGAAGUUGUUUUUGGUGUAGCACAUAUUUUUGCAAGUUUCAACGACACAUUCGUACAUGUAACCGACUUAUCAGGAAGGGAAACAAUUUCUCGAGUUACAGGAGGUAUGAAAGUCAAAGCCGACAGGGAUGAAGCUUCCCCCUAUGCAGCUAUGUUGGCUGCUCAAGUACGUACAGCAGACUUGAUUAUUAGAUUUAUAGUUUGGUGUAUUUUUGAGUGGAAUAAUGAAGUAGAUAUACAAAAUAUUGACUGACCUUUUCAAUUA